AAGGCAACAUCUGCCCGCCCGCCUCGGCCCGCCCUCCCGCCCUCGGCCGCGCCGCUCCUCCAUGCCGUGGCGCUUUAGCGUCGCGAUCGGCCGCCUCCUCCUCAUCCGCAGCAGCAGCAGCAGCGCCUUCCUUCUGGCCGCCCUCCUGCCCGGCGCCUCUCUCCACGCGGCCCGCCCCUCCUCCUCUUCUUCCGCCAGCCCCCGGCCCUGCUCUCGCCGCCCGAUCCCGCCCGGUCCCGGCAUCGGCGCCAGCAUGGACGGACCCGCCGCCGAAGCGCUCCUGGCGCCGCUCAGGCAGGCGGUGAGGCAGCAGGGAGAGCUUGUUCGAAAGUUGAAGGAUGAGAAGGCUCCUCAGAUGGAUGUGGACAAAGCUGUGGCUGAACUCAAAGCUCGGAAGAGAAUCCUAGAAGCCAAGGAGCUGGCUCUGCAGCCUAAGGAUGAUAUUGUGGACAGGGUUAAAAUGGAAGAUACCUUGAAACGGAGAUUUUUCUACGACCAAGCAUUUUCUAUUUAUGGAGGAGUGAGUGGCCUGUAUGACUUUGGUCCUGUGGGUUGUGCUUUGAAGAACAAUAUAAUACAAGCCUGGAGGCAGCACUUCAUCCAGGAAGAGCAGAUUUUUGAGAUAGAUUGUACCAUGCUCACACCCGAAGCUGUCCUGAAGACCUCUGGACAUGUGGACAAAUUUGCAGACUUCAUGGUGAAAGAUGUAAAAAGUGGAGAAUGCUUCCGAGCUGAUCACCUCCUGAAGGCCCACUUGCAGAAGCUGAUGUCAGACAAGAAAUGCCCUGCGGAGAAAAAGGUGGAAAUGGAGAACGUGAUCACGCAGCUGGACAACUACAGUCAGGAGCAACUUGCAGAUCUGUUUGUCAAUUACAACGUGAAGUCCCCCCUAACCGGAAAUGACCUCACCGCUCCAGUAUCUUUCAAUCUCAUGUUCAAGACCUCCAUUGGCCCUGGAGGAAACAUGCCUGGAUACUUGAGGCCAGAAACCGCACAGGGAAUCUUUCUAAACUUCAAACGCCUUUUGGAAUUCAACCAGGGCAAACUGCCUUUUGCUGCUGCUCAGAUCGGCAAUUCUUUCCGGAACGAAAUCUCUCCUCGCUCAGGUCUCAUCAGGGUCAGGGAAUUCACAAUGGCAGAAAUAGAACAUUUUGUGGACCCCAGUGAAAAAUGUCACCCUAAGUUUCAGAAUGUAGCCGACCUCCACAUCCUCUUGUAUUCUGCCAAAGCCCAGACCAGUGGGCAGCCAGCCCGUGUCAUGCGUUUGGGGGAUGCCGUUGAGCAGGGUGUUAUUAACAAUUCCGUCCUGGGCUACUUCAUUGGCCGGAUCUAUCUCUACCUCAUCAAAGUUGGCAUCUCUCCAGAGAAACUUCGCUUCCGGCAGCACAUGGAGAACGAGAUGGCUCAUUACGCAUGUGACUGCUGGGACGCGGAGUCCAAAACCUCCUAUGGUUGGAUUGAAAUUGUUGGCUGUGCUGAUCGCUCCUGCUACGACCUCUCGUGCCACGCCAGAGCCACCAAAGUCCCUCUCGUUGCUGAGAAGCUUUUGAAGGAGCCGAGAAUCGCCAACGUGGUUCAGUUUGAAGCCAACAAGGGAGCCAUAGGAAAGGCAUACAAGAAGGAUGCCAAGCUGGUGCUGGAGUAUCUUGCCAUCUGUGAUGAGUGUUACAUCAGUGAGAUGGAGACACAGCUGAGUGAAAAAGGGGAAUUUACAAUUGAGACAGAAGGGAAAACCUUUCAGGUAACAAAGGACAUGGUCAACGUGAAGAGAUUCCAGAAAACCUUGCAUGUGGAAGAGAUUGUCCCCAACGUGAUCGAACCUUCCUUUGGGCUUGGAAGGAUCAUGUACACGAUAUUUGAGCAUACAUUCCACAUCAGGGAGGGAGAUGAACAGCGAACGUACUUCAGCUUCCCUGCUGUGGUGGCUCCGUUCAAAUGCUCCGUUCUUCCUUUGAGUCAGAACCAGGAAUUCAUCCCGUUUGUGAAGGAACUCUCUGAAGCCUUGACCAGAAAUGGGGUCUCCCACAAAGUGGAUGAUUCUUCUGGAUCCAUCGGCCGGCGGUACGCGAGGACGGAUGAAAUCGGGGUGGCAUUUGGGAUUACGAUUGACUUCGACACCGUCAACAAAACCCCACACACAGCUACCUUAAGAGAUCGCGACUCCAUGCGGCAGAUACGGGCCGAGACCUCCAAUCUACCAGUCCUGGUGGGCGACCUGGCCAACGGCAACAUAACUUGGGCUGAUGUGGAGGCCAAGUACCCUCCCUUCGAGGGUCAAGAGACAGGCAAGAAGGACGCGAUGGAGGUCUGAAGCUAAUGGCGGAAAGGAAACCUUGUCACGAAGUCUACUUUUAAUUGUCUGCAUUAAUAGAGAUUUUAUGAUAUGUGUUAUUUGACAUGGCUUUGUUCGCACACCCAGGGCCCCCCCCUGGUUAUCCAGUCCCUUAAUUCCCAUCUCCAAUAACCCCAAUUAAAAUGGCUUAAAACAG